GUGCCUCCCUCUCUCCCCUCCUGCUCCCGGCGCAGCCACAUCUGGCAGCGCUGGGGGUGCGUUGUGGGGCUGGGGGGGCUGCCUCGCCGCCCACACCUGCAGCCUCCAGCACCGCUGCCGUGUCCCCAACCCACCACGGCCCCGUUCCCAACACGGCAACCCCCGAGGCCCCGAGCCGCUGCCGGGCCGCAGGGCGGGCGGGUGCCGGUCGCCAGGGCGACGCGUGAGGCGUGAGCCCGCUGCCGGCACCGCCAUGGGCCCCAAGCGGCCCAAGGCCGCCGCUGCCGCCGCCACCGCCAACUCGGGGCCGGCUGCGAAGAGCUGGGAGGCAGCGCUGGUGGCCGCCGCCCUGGAGGAGGAUAACUGGAAGCCUAGCAUCGCUUUUGUGGUUGGGACCAAAAUUGAGGAUGAAAUCCACACGACGGCCUUGUCUCUUGCUGUGCAGGUGCCACAACGGAAGCUCUUCAGCGUGGUGACACGUGAAGAUAUAUUCAGACAGAUCGCAGAAUCUGGAAAUCAGAAGGGAAAAAAGGUUAAGGAUGUGCCUAUGUUCUAUGAGGUAGUAGAAGCAGCCAAAGCCAUUCUUGACAGCGGAGAAGAGAUUCCUGUAACACUAACUGGAAAGCUAUUGAAAUUUCAACUGCUUUGUCUUAAACAGAAAGACCUUCAGAGAAGGGAAGCUGAAAAGAAGGUAGUACAGUAUGCCAUAGAGAGGAUGCUUAAUUAACUUUAUGAAGCCACUUCUAUUCAAGAGCUAUUUGCAUAAAUUCAGCUUUCUACUUAUGCUUCAUUCCCUGCAUCCGUAAUUGAAGAUAAAUGUAAAUAGAAAUUUAUAUUUUAAGUUAAUUAGAUUUUUGGGAAGAAGCUCCCAAUUACUCAAAUGCAGGUGAGACAGGGAAAAAAAAUAGAAAA